CUCAUUUCAUCUUCUCAACCUGUGUGUGUGCAGCCGCCUUGCUAAGUAGUGGGAGUGCAUCUCUAUCACCGGCGCCGAAAAUCAUAACCAUGGCAGACAAGGCAGUGACAAUCAGAACCAGGAAAUUCAUGACAAACAGGCUUCUCUCCAGGAAGCAAUUUGUUAUUGAUGUUCUUCAUCCAGGGAGGGCAAAUGUAUCCAAGGCUGAGCUAAAGGAGAAGCUUGCAAGGAUUUACGAUGUGAAGGACCCAAACACUGUUUUUGUGUUCAAGUUCAGAACUCAUUUUGGAGGUGGCAAGUCCACUGGUUUUGGUUUGAUCUAUGAUUCUGUUGAGAAUGCAAAGAAAUACGAGCCAAAAUAUAGACUUGUUAGGAAUGGACUUGAUACUAAGGUUGAAAAGUCAAGGAAGCAAAUGAAGGAAAGAAAGAACCGGGCAAAGAAGAUCCGUGGAGUAAAGAAGACCAAGGCUGGAGAUGCUGCCAAGGCUGGCAAGAAGAAAUAAGUUCUGUCAUUUUGUUAUGAUAUCAAUGUUAUUUUGCUGUUGGUAGUUUCUUAAGGCUAUUAUAUAGUCUUAGUUUUUUCUAGAAUGGAGGAUUUUAUUUGUCUUUUGUACUUUAAUUGUUCUUCACUUAUAUGUUUAAGAUUGAGUGCCAGCGUGACCAAUUUUGAGAAUUCUGUUGAACAAUUUUUAUGCUUUUAAUCAGUUAAUUGAUCGUGAUACUUAAUCU